AUGGACUGGUCGGACGAGGAGUUGAAGCAGAACAAGCGAAUCGGGGACAAGCGGAGAAGCUAUUCUGAAGAGUACCUCGUCGACUGCAGUAUGAGCGAAUGGGGCUGCUCGGGUGGGUGGUCGCGUUUUGCGUUAGAAUAUAUUGAGAUGUUUGGGAUACCUCGAGGAGCCCAGUAUCCAUACGUCAGCGGUCCAAAGCGCUCCCCGGCCGAUUGCAACGAGACUGUGAACGUCGAAUACCCAAUCUCUAAAGUCGAAUUCCUGACCGGAAAUGUGAGCCGAGCAAUGGAAUUUGUGAGGAACAAGGGGCCAAUUAUCGCCUGUAAG